AUGAGCAUGGACCUCGACCUUGCAGCCGACGACCCGGCGUUCGACCAGCCCUCGCCCCGGCCCGACCUCGACGCCGCACCAUCUCCGUUCGCCGCCGCCGCCGCCGCAACCGCCGCACGCCGCAAGGGCCUCCCCGUGCACCGCUGUCGCUUCCCCGACUGGAACCCGUCGAGCGUCACGGCCCUCGCCAUCACGCCCGCCUCGUUUGACGCGAGCGUGCUCGGACUCGGCGGCAGCUCGGGCGAGAGGGGGGUGCUCGCUGUCGGCAGGAGCAACGGCGACGUCGAGCUCAUGGUCUGGGGUGGUCACCAAGGGUGGAUCUCGUGGCGGACCCUCCCUUCGCCCUUUCCCCUCCCGCAAGAGCGCAACUCGCGCAAGCCGACCUCGCUUCUCUCGCACCUCGUCUUCACCCACCAGACGACCCUGUCCCCGUCCGACCUCGACCUGUACGAGGGCGACAAGGAGGGCGCCGAGCGCGAGGUGCGCCGGCUCCAGCGCGAGGGCGUGCGGCUCUUCGGCGUCGGCGGUGUCGGGAGCGAGCUCGUCGAGUGGGAGUGGGGCUGCCCGGGCAGCGGCAAGGCCGUCGGCAUGGUCAAGUCGACCCUGCCGACCCUGCCGCCCAUCUUCGCCAUCGCAGCAACCCGUGCCUCGUCCGCGCUCGCCAUCGCGUGCGAGGACUCGACCGUCCGCGUCCUCAACAUCCUCGACGGCGACCUCGAGUUGGUGUCCAAGAUCGAGAUCGGCGGCGCGGGCAAGGUCCGCGCCCUGUCGCUCGCCUGGGGCCCUCCUGUCGAGCCCGUCUCCAAGGGCAAGGCGCGCGAGGCGUCGCCGGACGAGGCGUCGUCGCUGCCGCCGCACCUCCAGACGCCGAGCGAGAGCUACCUCGUCGCCGGCUGCUCGAAUUCGACCAUCCGCCGGUUCGACGUGCCGUCGUCGGGCUCGGUCCAGGGCGUGUGGCGCGGCGGCCUGCGCAUGACGCUCGACCGGCUCAAGGGCGAGCACACGGUCGUGUGGGCGGUCGCCGUCCUCGCGAGCGGCACCGUCGUCAGCGGCGACUCGAUGGGCAACGUCAAGUUUUGGGACGGCUCGAACGGCACCCAGGCGCAGAGCUUCAAGGCGCACAAGGCCGACGUGCUCGCGCUCGCGCUCGGCACCGACGGCACCUCGCUGUUCACGUCGGGCGUCGACCAGAAGACGACCGAGUUCCGCCAGGUCACGGUCGCGUCGUCGCGCAUCCACGACGUCCCUGUCGGCCGAUGGAUCCAGGCGUCGGGACGGCGCCUCCACUCGCACGACGUGCGCGCCAUCGUCGUCUCGCCGCCCUACUCGGUCCCGCUUCCCCACCCUCCUCCUCCCGCACCUCGCCCCAAGGCGCCCCUCGUCCCCAUCAUGACGUCGGCCGGCCUCGACCUGUCCCUCAUCCUCACCGCCGUCGCGCCCGUCCCGUCGGCGCUUUCCUCCACCUCGAAGAAGCGCGCCGCACCUGUGCCCAACCCGGUCUCGGACGUCGCCUCGACCGCGUUCGAGUCGACGGUUCACCGCCGGGCCUCGUACGUCCCGCAACGCGCACGACCGUUCGCCGUCGCACCCGGCUCGGGCACCGCCGACCGCCCUCGUCUGCUCGUCUGCCGCCGCGAGCGCGCCAUCGGCAUCUGGCGCCUCGACGACCCGAAGCGUGCGGGCAGCUCUCUCGGCCUGGGCGCCAACGCCGCUCCGCUCCAGAAGGUCAAGUGGGGCCGCCAGAGCUUUGCGAUCGGGCUCGCCGGCGAGGAGGAGCACGAGGACGAGGACGAGGUCGGCAUGACCGGUUACGAGAAGCUCGCAGAGCUCGAGCUCAAGGUCCAGACCAACCUCGUCGCCUCGGCCGUGUCGGCCGACGGCAAGUGGCUCGCCGCGUCCGACCUCUACGAGACCAAGCUCUUCCGCCUCUCGUGGCGCAACGGCAAGCUCGUCCCGCGGCGGCAGAAGGCCUUUGCCGACACCCUGUCGGCCCGCCUCCCGUCGUCGUCGCUCGGCACCGGCGCGUCGUGCCUCACGUUCACCAAGGACUCGCAGCGCCUCGUCCUCUCGACGGCGUUCGGCGCGACCGUCGCCGUCGUCCAGCUGUCGCAGGGCAAGGAGGAGGAGUUUGAGGUCGUCGCGCUGUUUGGCGACGGCGCCUCGCCCGGCGGCCGGGCCCAGGGUCUCGCGAACGGCGCGACUAACGGCGGAGACGUCGAGAUGAACGGCGCCGGGUACUCGGACUCGGACGGCAGCACCGACGAGGACGCCGCAUCGUCAGCGUCGUCGACGGCCAAACGCGUUCCCUCGACCGUCGUCUGCCUCGCGGUGUCGGGCGACGGCGACUUUGUCGCUGCCGCCGAGUCGGACCGCACCGUCAAGGUCUACUCGCUCGUCUCGUCCUCGCCACACGCAUCCCUCCCUAGCCCUCCCCUCGUUCCCUCUUGGCUCGCGUUCACUCCGACAUCGUCUUCCGCCGAGCCUACCCUCAUCGUCGCCCUCCCGUCGAACGCCCUCCUCCUGUACGGCCUCAAGUCGCACCGGUUCCACCCCUGGGGCCUGGCUCUCUCGUCGCGCAAGUACAACGCGCUCAUGGACAUCCGCGAGCCCAUCCUCGGCGUCACGUUCGAGCCUCGGCGCGACCCGGUCCACGUCAACGGCGCCGAUACCGACCAUGACGAGCACGUCCAUCCGAGCCGCCGAGCGGCCGUCGCGAGCGGUGGCGCCGAGAGCAGCAUCGCCGUCGUGUGGGGCGCCAACUGGGUCGCCAAGAUCGACCUCGAGGCGCUGCGCCAAGGUGCGGCGGCGUCGUCGACCACGACGAGCGGUGGCGCCGCCGACGUCGACAAGGGCAAGCGCAAGAAGGGCGCGCAUCAGCAGCAGCAACCUGAGCGUCGCGAGGCCGACCGCAAGCGCGCACGCGACGACGACGAUGACAACCUCGCGCCCUUCACGACCGCCGCCGCCGUCGGCGAGGCCAAGCCGCUCGACAUCCGCGUCACGAGGCGGUACCAGCCGCUCGUCCUCUUCGACUUUAUCGGCCAAGGCGAGCUCGUCGCUGUAGAGCGCACGUGGUUCGACGUCACGCGCGACUUGCCGCAGGCGUGGGUCAAGGCGGGCCAGUUCGGGACGUGAGUGAGCUCGCGAUUGCC